AGAACCAUCAUGAAAAUGUUUACUUUGAUGCCAGGAAUGUAACUUCACUAGGAACUAAUCCUCCAGUUACUUGAAGAUACCGUGUCCUUAGCUGAAUACUGGAACUCAUUAGACAAUGGGCACUCCAUACUAAGCAGGGGUGGAAGACUGAAGCCCAUUUGGGGACAGAAUGAGUUUAAAAGAUGCUGAUAGUGCAGUUUGCCAGGCAAAGGCAGCCUAUAACCUUCAGAUUUACCCCCAACUCUCAACAGAAAGUGCUCCCUGCUGCAAAGUGACAGCAACCAAGGACAGCACAUCAUCAGAUGUCAUCAAGGACGUGAUCAGCAUCUUAAACUUGGAUGUCUCCAAACAUUAUGUGCUUGUGGAGGUGAAAGAAUCUGGAGGAGAGGAAUGGGUACUUGAUAUAAAUGAUUCUCCUGUUCACAGGGUUUUGCUUUGGCCUCGUCGUGCUCAGGACGAGCAUCCACAGAAGGAUGGCUACUACUUUCUCUUGCAAGAGAGGAACACUGAUGGGACCAUCAAGUAUGUGCAGAUGCAGUUGCUCUCCAAGGAGACGGAUGCUCGGAGGUUGGUGGAACGGGGCUUUCUUCCGUGGCACCAGGAGGACUUUGAUGACUUGUGCAAUCUCCCCAACCUGACAGAGACAACACUCCUGGAGAAUCUCAAAUGCCGCUUCUUAAAGCACCGAAUUUACACUUAUGCAGGAAGUAUCCUGAUUGCAAUUAACCCCUUCAAGUUCCUGCCCAUCUACAAUCCCAAAUAUGUCAAGAUGUACGAGAAUCAUCAACUGGGGAAGUUGGAGCCUCAUAUUUUUGCCAUUGCCGAUGUGGCCUAUCACACAAUGCUUAAAAAACAUGUGAAUCAGUGCAUUGUUAUAUCAGGUGAAAGUGGAUCUGGGAAAACCCAAAGCACAAACUUUUUAAUUCACUGUCUCACGGCUCUGAGCCAGAAAGGGUAUGCCAGCGGUGUAGAGAGAACCAUCCUGGGAGCUGGACCAGUCCUGGAGGCUUUUGGAAAUGCAAAAACAGCACAUAACAACAACUCCAGUCGUUUUGGGAAGUUCAUUCAAGUCAACUAUUUAGAGAAUGGUAUUGUCAGGGGGGCUGUUGUUGAAAAAUACCUGCUUGAAAAAUCUCGUCUGGUUUCUCAAGAGAAAGAUGAAAGGAACUACCAUGUCUUCUAUUAUUUGCUACUUGGAGUCAGUGAGGAAGAACGUAAAGAAUUUCACCUCAAGCAACCUGAAGAUUAUUUCUACCUCAACCAGCAUAACUUGAAAAUUGAAGAUGGGGAAGAUCUCCGGCAUGAAUUUGAGAGGUUGAAACAAGCCAUGGAGAUGGUUGGCUUCCUUUCAGCAACAAAGAAACAGAUUUUUUCAAUACUUUCAGCUAUUCUCUACUUGGGUAAUGUCACAUACAAGAAGAAAGCCACGGGUCGGGAUGAAGGGUUGGACGUGGGACCUCCUGAAGUGUUGGACAUUCUUUCCCAGCUGUUAAAAGUUAAACGAGAAAUCCUGGUAGAAGUGCUAACAAAAAGAAAAACUGUGACUGCUAAUGAUAAGCUUAUUUUGCCUUAUAGUCUCAAUGAGGCAAUAACAGCUCGUGAUUCCAUGGCAAAGUCCCUGUACAGUGCUCUGUUUGAUUGGAUUGUUCUAAGAAUCAAUCAUGCACUUCUUAAUAAGAAGGACAUGGAGGAAUCUGUUACAUGUCUGUCGAUUGGUGUACUUGAUAUCUUUGGAUUUGAAGAUUUUGAAACCAACAGUUUUGAACAGUUCUGCAUAAAUUAUGCAAAUGAGCAGCUUCAGUAUUAUUUCAAUCAGCACAUUUUCAAAUUGGAACAGGAGGAAUAUAAGAGUGAAGGGAUCACUUGGCACAAUAUUGACUAUACUGAUAAUGUGGCCUGCAUUCACUUAAUCAGCAAGAAGCCCACUGGCCUGUUCUAUCUUCUGGAUGAAGAAAGCAAUUUUCCACAUGCCACCAACCAAACUCUACUGGCGAAAUUCAAACAACAACAUGAGGAGAACAAGUUCUUUGUUGGAACCCCAGUGAUGGAGCCUGCUUUUAUCAUCCGCCACUUUGCUGGAAAAGUGAAAUACCAGAUCAAAGAUUUCAGGGAGAAGAACAUGGAUUACAUGAGGCCGGAUAUCGUGGCUCUGCUGCGGGGCAGCGACAGUGCGUUUGUGCGGGAGCUCAUUGGGAUGGACCCUGUGGCCGUGUUCCGCUGGGCCGUGCUGCGCGCGGCCAUCAGGGCCAUGGCUGUGUUUGCAGAGGGGGGACGUCAGAGGGCUCAGAAAACUGCAGGAGUGGUACGUCAAGGACCCAGAGUUCCCCUUGCUGAACUCCAGAGAUCCAAUACUCCAGUAGAAAAAGUUUAUCGAGACAUGCAUGAGCAGAUCAUCGCCAGUAUUAAAGGACUGCCCUGGCAGGGGGGGGAUCCCUGCAAGCUGCUUCGGUCACUCAACCACCUUCAACACCACUCCCACUUCAUGAAAAGUAAAGGUAUCAAACAGAAGCAGAUCAUUCCCAAGAACUUGCUGGAUUCCAAAUCGCUGAAGCUCAUAGUGAGCAUGACUCUGCACGACCGAACCACAAAGUCCCUUUUGCACUUGCACAAGAAGAAGAAACCCCCCAGCAUAAGUGCCCAGUUCCAGAAUUCACUUAAUAAGUUACUGGAGACCCUGGGCAGAGCUGAGCCCUUCUUCAUCCGCUGCAUCCGCUCCAACGCAGAGAAGAAAGAAAUGCUUUUUGAUGAAAACUUGGUGCUUCAGCAGUUACGGUACACGGGAAUGCUAGAAACUGUGAGGAUCAGGAGAUCUGGCUACAGUGCCAAAUACACAUUCCAGGAAUUCAUAGACCAAUUUCAGGUGUUACUGCCCAAAGAUGCCAAAGCCUCUAAGGAAGACAUUUGUGCUUAUUUGAAUAAACUAAAACUGAAUGAAAGCUACUAUCAAAUAGGGAAGACCAAGGUUUUUAUGAAAGAGGCUGAAAGGCAGAUACUACAGGAUACACUACACAAAGAAGUGAUCAGGAAAAUCAUUCUUCUCCAGAGCUGGCUCAGGAUGGUUUUGGAAAGGAGGCGCUUUCUCAGGACACGGCAGGCGGCCAUUGUUUUACAGGCCUGCUGGCGUUCCCGCUGUAUCAGGAUGGCCCUGCAGAGGAGCAAUGCUGCCAUCGAGAUCCAGGCAGCCUGGAGACGGUACCAGGAGAGGAAACACUUCCUGCAGCACAGGAGGAGGAUUUGUCUCCUGCAGGCCCUGGUCAGAGGGCACCUGACACGUAAGAGAUAUCAGGAAAUGGCUGUAGAAAGGCAGAAAGCUGAAGAAAAGCAGAGAGAAAUGCAGGAAGAUGAAGACAGAGAGGAUGAUAAGAGCAAGCAUGAGCAGAGUGAGCCAGCAACACAUGAGCUACCUGUGAAACAUGAAACAGAGCUGGAUCAGGCUGCUGGGGAUGAAGAUCGAGCUCAGAAUGAACAAGCUGAAGAUCGAGCUCAGAAUGAACAAGCUGAAGAUCGAGCUCAGAAUGAACAAGCUGAAGAUCGAGCUCAGAAUGAACAAGCUGAAGAUCGAGCUCAGAAUGAACAAGCUGAAGAUCGAGCUCAGAAUGAACAAGCUGAAGAUCGAGCUCAGAAUGAACAAGCUGAAGAUCGAGCUCAGAAUGAACAAGCUGAAGAUCGAGCUCAGAAUGAACAAGCUGAAGAUCGAGCUCAGAAUGAACAAGCUGAAGAUCGAGCUCAGAAUGAACAAGCUGAAAACCUAGGUUCAUCUGAGAUAGCCGCAUUACCCCAGAAGAACACGACAGAGGGCUCGGAGAAAGUAACCACCAGCCGGGAGAAGAGGGAAUCUCGUCGGCAGAGGGGGCUGGAACACAACGACUUGCAGAACAAGCACGUCCUGUUGUCCUUCGAAGGACCAUCUUCGCUGUGCCUUGAGGAACAAACCACUUCUGAAGAGGCCCUGGAAACUGUUCCAGUGCCAGAGAAAUCCACAGCACAAGAUUAUACUGUCCCUCAGGGAAGCAGUGAGGAAGAGAAAAGUCCAAGUGAAGAAAAAGCCAUUCCAGGCACACCACCAUCAAGUGAGAUAAAGGAAAGUGGUUCUGUUCCUGAGCAACCACUGGUAUCAGAAGAGGGUGAUGUGGCAGCUGAUAGAACAAAAACACAAGGGAAUCAGAGUAACCAAAUAAAAGGCAGCCAAAGCUUUACCUGCCCUGAAAGGCCCAUGAAUCUUGCACUGAAUCUUCAUAACAUGUUGUCAGCUACUGGGAGCUUUCGGAGUCCAUCUGACCCCUGGGCAGAUAAAAACAAACGUCUUGGUCAGAGGGCAACCAAAGACCUGGAUAGUCCCACUUCUUCUGCAAUCCAGAGAUAUGUGGAUGACCCAGAGAAGCUGAAGUACAAGAGGGAGAAGUGGAAAGGCAAGAGACAGUCUGAUGCUGGUCAGAAUGAUGUGCUGAGUCAAUCCUUGGAUGGAAGGACACGUGUGGAUAAGUCUCCUCAAGAUCAACUGGAGAAGAAGGGGAGUUCAGCUUCAUUAAGUGAUCUCUCAACACUGGCCCAGACUGUUGCCAUGAAUCAGCAAUCACCAGAUAUGAUAGAAGAAGAAAAAGGCACCAAGAAAUACCCUGUGCAGAAGAAGCUCAGUGACCACUUACCUACCUUGGACACGGCUGUUCUCGUGCAACCAGCGAGUCAGCAGGGAGAUGCCAAGUCUGCUUUUAAAAGUCCUUUGCGUAGACUUUUGGGGAAAAAAACAGACAAGAAAAUUCCAAAGGAGAGCUCUGAUAUGAUUGAGGAAGGAGAUGGCCUCUCCCUUGUAUCUUGUGUCCUCUUUACAGACAUGGGAGGAACUCAGAAAGUUUCAGAAGCUUCUUCUGGGCAGCCAGGCCGCCCCCAGGCAGUGAAGGAGAUCAGCAAAGCAAAGAAGAACAGGACCAUAAAGAUCAGCAAGAUCUCGAGCGUGUCCCAGAACUGGCGAGCGUCCAUGGUCCGCGAGAUUGCAAAUGCCAAUGAGCUGAAACACCUGGAUGAGUUCCUCCUCAACAAGAUCAAUGACUUACGCUCCCAGAAGUCUGGUGUUGAGUGUUUGUUUUUUGAAGCUACAGAGAAGUUUAGAGGAAACAUCAAGACCAUGUACUCUGCUCCUAAUGGACAAAUCCAUGUUGGCUACAAAGAUCUGGUGGAAAAUUACCAGCUUCUAGUUACAAAUCUGGCCCAAAAAAGAGAAGAGAAAGAAGUCAAGCUGGUUUUGAAUCUCUUUCAAUCCCUUCUGGAUGAAUUCAUCAGAGGAUAUACAAAAAAAGAGGAAUCUGAGCAGCCCAAGCAAACCAAAGCCCAGAAGAAGAAACGAAAACAAGAUCGUGCAAUUGAAGAACACAAUGGCCAUGUGUUCACAAACUACCAAGUGAGCAUCCGGCAGUCGUGUGAGCACUGCUCAUCCUACAUCUGGCCCAUGGAAAAAGCCUGUCUGUGCAGUGUUUGCAAGCUGACUUGUCACAAGAAGUGCAUGUCCAAAAUCCAGAGCAGCUGUACCUCCUGUGGGAAAAAGAAUGAGCAGGAUGCAGAACCACGACACUUCGGAGUGAGUGUGAGUUCCCUGACCAGCGAGAGGAACUCGGUCCCUGUUGUCAUGGAGAAGUUGCUAGAGUACGUGGAGAUGCACGGGCUCUACACGGAGGGGAUCUACAGGAAAUCAGGAUCAGCAAAUCGGAUGAAGGAGCUCAAACAGUUGCUGCAAGCAGAUCCAAACUCAGUGAAGCUGGAGAAUUACCCUAUUCACACCAUCACGGGGAUCCUUAAGCAGUGGCUGCGGGAGCUGCCAGACCCACUGAUGACAUCAGCACAGUACAAUGAUUUCCUCCGAGCUGUAGAACUACCAGAAAAACAGGAGCAACUCUGUGCCAUUUACAGUGUCCUGGAACAGCUCCCACAGGCAAAUCAUAAUACCCUGGAGCGACUCAUCUUCCAUCUUGUCAAAGUGGCUUUGAUAGAAGAUGUCAACCGUAUGUCACCCAAUGCCUUGGCCAUUGUGUUUGCUCCAUGCCUCCUGCGCUGUCCGGAUACCUCUGACCCCUUAACCAGCAUGAAGGACGUUUCAAAAACAACCAUGUGUGUAGAGAUGCUCAUAAAGGAACAGAUAAGGAAGUACAAGAUAAAAAUGGAUGAGAUCAAUCAGCUGGAAGCAGCAGAGAGCAUUGCUUUCCGACGGCUCUCGUUGCUCCGGCAGAAUACACUCUGGCCUGUAAAACUUGGGUUCUCUUCCCCUUACGAGGGGAAGCUGAGUAAAAGCUCUCAGGUCAAAGGAAAUGACAGUGGCACCUCAGAGCUGGACUCGGUGCAUGAAGAUGAAGAAGUUUCUGAAGCCAAUAACCGGGAAAAGGAGAUUCUCAUCGAUCGCAUACAGUCAAUAAAAGAAGAAAAAGAGGACAUAACUUACCGGUUACCUGAGCUUGACCAGCGGGGCUCCGACGAGGAAAACGUGGACUCGGAGACGUCGGCAAGCACAGAGAGCCUGCUUGAGGAUAGGACAGGCCGGAUGGAUACCGAAGCAAUUAUUGGAUUACACUGCCGUGCUCAGAGCUCCAGCCUGCUUGCCAAAGACAUUUGCAAAGUGCCUUCUCUCCCACAAACCUCUUCACAUUCCUACUCUGCAUCCCUGGCUUCAAGGCGCAGAUACUCUCUAACACUGUCCAAGAUGAAAGUGCCCCGUCGAACUCCAGUGAUGCCAACAGCAAAUAUAAAACUCCCUCCUGGGAUGUUCAAAUGUACAGAAUCCCAGGAUGAGGUUUCUGCUAACAAGGAGUCUCAGGUGGUGAGACAUAGGGAGCAGCCAGCAAGGCGGACUGACAGCAUCCACUCGGUAUACAUUGCACAAGGGUCUGCACUGGCCCACGCUCAGGAACUCGUGGAUGAAUAUGAACCAACUGCAAAAGUCAAACGGAGGUUCUCAGAUCCUUAUUCUCACAUUCCCUGUAUGGAGAAGUGAAAUACUUCAGCUCUCUGGACUUUUUUUGAAGUUGACCGCAGCUUUUGGCUUUAACCCUUUGAAGGCUGUAAACUUGUGUUUAAGUGGCUGCCAGGAAGGCAACCUGGAAAUGUACAGUACUGUAAAGGUUCAGCAAGGUUGUUUAAAGCAAAUGUUUUCCACUUUAAAUUAAAACCUUGCAAAAAACCUAAAAUUUAAUGCUGAGUAAAAUAUGUGGGUUGAGUGUACAGGAAACAAGCCCCCCCAGUUCGGCUGCUGUGCCUUUUUCCAUUUGUCUUACAAUGGACUCUCAUGGGACCAACAGUGAGUUUAGGUCAAUGUGUCUUGCCUUAAUUUUUUUUAUGACAAUUUUCUGUGUGGUUUACAGAACUGUUUUAACGUAAUAGCCUUAACUGAGACCAAAAUGUAUAAAGAAGUUUAUUAAAACGUUGCACUUUUAAAAAAA